AUGUUCAAACGUGUCGAGAAGCGCAGACGAAAGAAGGAGGAAGAAGAAGCACUUGGACUCGACGAGGAGAUGAAAGAGGUGCUUGGUAUUCACGACACCGAUUCUGAAGAAUCUGCGUCCGAGUCUGAUUCUGACGACAAUCAAGACUCUGGCGACGAAGAGGAUAGUGACGAGGGCUCUGGAAUUGAUGAGGGUGAAGAGGAAGAGGCUGGCAACGAGGAAGACGAGGACGGUGUUUCGGAGGGUGAAGGCGACGAUGAGGAGGAGGUUGAAGAGGAAGAAGAAGAUCCCAAUGUCACAGUCAGCCAGGCACUCCUCGACCCUGUCUACGUUGUCUCCGUUCUCCCCGAAGUAAAAGCCUGUAUCGUUUGCCCCGGAAAGCUCCUUAAAGGCGCUAAAAUGGUGCAACUGCACCGAGCACAUGAAAGGCGCCUGAAACAAUUCACUGCUCUCGCUGCAUCUGCUGACCCCAACGAAAGCGCAUGGGAGGUUCUUAAAACGCACGCAGAAGAGAAACCCAAGCUCUCAUUAGCACCGUCGACUGCCGGAGGUACAUCUAAACGCGCUGAGAAAAAGAAAGCUCAACAAGCGCGGCGCAAAUUGAAGCGUGAAAAAUUCAAAGCCAGACAGGCCAAAAAGGCCGCUCUUGCUGCUUCCGCAUCUGCGUCGACAUCUAAACCAACUGCAGAGCCUUCUCAAGCCGAUCCUACGAAAACGAGACCUGAAGGCAAGAAGGUGAAGAAGACCGAGAAAGACGUGUCUUCCACCUCUGAACCAACGACAACGAAAACGACGGCAUCAUCGCCACCCUCCAAAAAGCGGAAGCUCGAAAGCACAAAAUCCCCCGCCCACAAAUCCGCACCCUCUGCUGUUACUUCUAAAUCAGACGAAUCACCUGCGGACCUUCCCAAACCAAAACGUCUUAAACACCGGAUCCCCAACUACAAUGCUACAAUCGCGAAUGCUGACGCGACAGCUCCCAUUAAUACCAAGGCUACCGAACCCGAUACCAAAAAAUCCGACAAGACGACAACCCAAGAAACCGUGAAGAACAUCGUCAAAUCUGCGUCAGAAAGAGCCAAAAGUGCACGUUCGCGAGCGAUGAGUCUGUCUGGGAAGGGGAAUAAAGGUGGUGGUGGUGCUAAGAAGGGAAGAUCAUGA